GUAUACUUGUUAAGAUACAUGUACUGUGCAGUCUGAAAACGCAUAGGAUAAGACAACAAAGUUUAUGUAACUAUAUAAGAACUUGGAACAUGUCGGAUAGUAUUAAAGACAAUAUUAUUGUAUCUGAACUCGUGUCAAGGUACCUGGAGUGUCCAAUCUGUGUGGAGGAAUACGAUGACUCCAAUGUGCCCAAGCAGUUACCAUGUCAGCACACGUACUGUUCUGAUUGUCUCUACAAGCUACCAAAACGCGCCGGAAGUAUUACCUGUCCCCAGUGUAAGCAAGAUCAUAAACUUGAAAGUGAUGUCUCAAGCUAUCCGAGGGAUCUUACAAGGGGAGAUUUAAUGGACUUUAUCCGGACGAAAAUCGCUUGUAAAUGUGACAAAUGUGAAAAGACAAAGGCAGACUACAACUGCUUAACUUGCGCACAGGCAUUAUGUAAUAUGUGCAAAGUGCGAACACACGGACACAGAUCUUUCCAGCAUCAUAGGUUAAAGCCUAUCAUUAAAAAUCUGAAUCAUACAGACGACAGAUGCAAACAAGAUUGUCAUGAUAAUGGAGUUUUGAAGUUCUUCUGUAUGGGAUGCAUGCAGAUUCUCUGUGCACAAGGUGUGCUUGAAGAACAUCGAAACGAAGAGUUACACCAGGUAGUAGCAAUAGAAAAAGCAUAUAGGAAUUACAAGUCGCAGAUUGAUGACAUAGUGACCCGUAUGAAACUGGAAAUUGCAUUUAUUAAACUUCAAAAUAAAUGCAUAGUGAGCAGACUAAGAUACCAAACAUGUAACGAAGACGAGUUAAUUCAGUGGUUCAAUGUUUGGCACACAUCAGGGAAAAUACCAGCUGACCGUGAAGAGGAAUGUCAGAAAUUCUGUUCUCAUGUAUGCAAAGGGCGUGUGGCGACGUUGAGAAACAAAAUGAAAAGAUGUGAAAAAGGUUUUGAACAACUUAAGAAAAUUAAAACUCGUCUUUCAAAGACAGUCGUUGAAAGCAAGGACAUCUCUACAUUUCUGUCAAAAAUGAAAAGAAUACAAUAUAUCGAGCAGGAUUUUCAAAUCGCAUUGCAAAAUAUCAAGAACAUCAUGAACCAGGAAGUGGACCCCGAUGUUUCCGCUGUGGUAACAGGUGGUCGGCAAGUUCAAGAGGCAGUGAGUGAGAUAGUUCCGCAUCAGCCGGCACUUCCCAUUAUACGCUGGAUUCGUGUUACAGUAAAUACUAGGACGGCACGCCGGAGAGCUGCACAUCCUCAAGAUAAUCUGCUAUUAGCUUGUUCGUUUAUAUUUUCGUGUAUUCUGUUGAUUCUUUGGAUAGACGGUGCUGCGAUCAGGGCAUCACUAGAACACCACAGCAGACACCUCAACUAAUAAUACUAUACGUAAACUAAUGGAUAUACAGGUGUUACAUUUUUAGGUGGUCGGCAAGUUCAGGAGGCAGUGAGUGAGAUAGUUCCGCAUCAGCCGGCACUUCCCAUUAUACGCUGGAUUCGUGUUACAGUAAACACUAAGACGGCACGCCGGAGAGCUGCACAUCCUCAAGAUAAUCUGCUAUUAGUUUGUUCGUUUAUAUUUUCGUGUAUUCUGUUGAUUCUUUGGAUAGACGGUGCUGCGAUCAGUGCACCACUAGAACACCACAGCAGACACCUCAACUAAUAAUAAUAUACUUAAUGGAUAUACAGAUGUUACGACCAAAAAGGGAAAAACAUAUGAACAAAAUUUAUUAUUAUCCGUGUAUUUUGGAAAGCAGCCGAUAUGUAUUGGUACUACAAUAUUUAAAUGAAAUAUAUAUACACAAAAGCGCCAGAACACCAUGACUAAAAUAAGCUUGAGGUUGAUAUAA